GAACGUAGUCCGUGGCCGUAGUUAACAUGCCACCAAAUUAAAGGAAAAAAAAAUUAAUAAACAAGGUUUAAUUUUCUUGGGGAUUUUUUUAGUAUAUAAUUGGCAAAAAUAAAUGCUAUAUUUCCAAAAUCAGUUACAAGUCUGAUUCAGAAUUAAUCAAAAGUUGAGAGAGAAAAUGAAAGGAGAAGAGAAGAGUAAGAAGAUAUCCGCCGCUUCAGCUAGAGCUCACACCCGCAAAUCUAAUUCUAAGUCAUCAUCUUUCCCAUUUUCUUUAGGAGUCUAUAGCAAAAUUGGUGUAGUUGUGUUUGUGGCUUUGUUAGCAUGGGCUGACAAGGGUCUCCGGCCUCCCGCACCGAAUGUUACUGGUACACCAGGCGGCCCUACAAUAACAGCACCAAGGGUGAAGCUGAGGGAUGGAAGAUAUUUGGCCUACAAAGAGUACGGAGUGCCAAAAGAUGAAGCAAAACACCAUUUCAUCUUUAUUCAUGGAUUUGACUCCUGUAGGCUUCAUGCAUUCAUUGCCACUGAAGUUUCUCCGGAUACAAUCGAAAGCUUGGGGAUACAUAUUGUUGGUAUUGAUAGACCUGGGUAUUGUGAAAGCACACCGGAUCCAAAUCGAACACCAAAAAGUCUUGCAUUAGACGUAGAAGAGCUCGCUGAUCAGCUUGAUUUAGGCCCUAAAUUUUAUGUGGUCGGAUUUUCUAUGGGUGGAGAAGCUGUAUGGGGUUUGCUUAAGUACAUUCCACACAGGUUAGCAGGAGCAUCAUUAGUAACUCCAGUUGUGAAUUAUUGGUGGUCAACUUUACCAGCUAACUUGACAAAAGAAGCAUAUUACAUGCAACUUCCCCAAGAUCAAUGGUCCGUUCGUGUAGCACACUAUUUACCAUGGCUAACUUAUUGGUGGCAAACUCAAAAAUGGUUCUCACCUUCAAGUGUUAUUCAACACAGUCCUGAGAUCUUGUCUCGUCAAGAUAGAGAAGUCAUGUUCAAAUUCAUGAAACCCGAAAAUUCGCUUCCUGUGAGGCAGCAAGGAGUAUACGAAUCAAUCCACCGGGACAUGAUAGUUGGAUUCGGAAAAUGGGAAUUCGAUCCGAUCCAGUUAGAGAAUCCAUACCCAAACAAUGAGGGAGCUGUUCACCUUUGGCAAGGCGACGAGGAUAUGCUUGUCCCGGUGACUCUACAACGGUACAUAGCCCAAAACUUGCCUUGGGUUCACUACCAUGAGCUACCUGGUUCUGGACAUAUGUUCCCUUAUGUUGAGGGCAUUAGUGAAGCUAUUCUCAAAGCACAAUUAUCUGUUGUUUGAGAAUUACCAAAUACAUUUUGUUUAACCAAUUACACUGGUAGAUCAAUGUAUACUUGUUGUUUGUGAUCAAUGUGAUGAUUAUUUCAAGUUUCC